UCUCCUGCAGCAAAGCCGAAGUUGACCGAGUAUCAGAAAAGUUUGCGUCGUCGGCUGAACAGAUCUAUUUCGGAUGAUGAGGAGAUGGAGUGUAUGUUGAUCUCUUCCAUCAAAACCAUCAACGAACCGUGUUUCCGCACAGUUGUAGUCGAAGGUGUGCGAUUAGAGAUGGAAAUAGACUGUGGAGCUGCAGUUUCCGUCAUCAGUAGUGAGACGUACGAGGGAGAAUUCGCCGAUAUCUCGAUGCAGAAGUGUACCAAGAAGUUGGCAGUGAUCAGCGGGAGUCGAUUAGUGGUCGAAGGACAGAUUCCGGUGCAGGUUGAGUUGAACGGACGACGAAAGACUGUUAAGCUGAUUGUCUUGAGGAGUGGAAGCUCGUUUACACCGCUACUUGGACGUGAUUGGCUUGACAUCUUCUAUUCUGACUGGAGAAAUGCGUUUGGCAGUGGGGCGAGCGUGAACCAACUGUCGUUUCCGGCUUCAGAGGAACAAAUUGUGGACGAUGUUAAAGGUAGGUUUGCCAAUAUUUUUGAUAAAUCUAUGUUUACGCCGAUCAAAGGUUUUCAGGCAGAUUUAGUGUUGAAAAAGGGAGCAGUACCAAUAUUCAAGCGUGCAUAUGACGUUCCAUUACGUUUGAAAGAUAAAGUUGACGAACAUUUGGAAAGUUUGGAAAAAGAUGGCGUCAUAACACCGAUCGAUGCAAGUGAGUGGGCAUCGCCGGUGAUUGUUGUAGUGAAGAAAGACGGAGGUAUUAGGAUGGUGAUCGACUGUAAGGUUUCGAUCAACCAGGUUUCCGUUGGAGGGAGAGUUUACUCUGCUCACCGAAAUCAGCUGAAGCUGGUGGGUACCCCAAAGCGCCGAGGUUUGUUCUUGGGGAGGAGCGAGAGCAGUCAACGGAGGAAGCGUGCUAGAGAAGACGAUGACGAUGACGAUAGACUUAGCAUCAACGAAGAGGGCGAUUUUUACGGAUUCGCCUCGGAUUCUUUCAUAUAUGGUGACGGGGAUGGUCGCAACAGGGUUAACGUUCGUGAUCCUGAGUCGGUUGACCGUCGAAGUUUGUCAUCUGUGGGAGAUGAUGUGCAAGGCUCAUUCAGAAUUCCACCCGAGGAGUUCGAUCCGCAGGAAGGCCCAUCGAACGGAGCUGUGUGUCCAUCGUCGCAAUCGAAGAAUAGUCUGGAGAGUGUUAGACGUUCAAAGCGAUCUAAACGUCUGAAGAAAGAUGUCGAUUUUGUGUAUUUAUAAUCCAUUGAGUUUGUGAAAAUGUCAAGAAGGCAUUCAAAAAAGAGUUAGUUUUUUCGGUAGUUAUUUUAUGCCGAUUUCAGAAAAUGUUUACGGUAGUUAGGUUUUGCCGGUUGUUUAAAAAUUUCACGGUAGUCGAGUUUUGCCGAAUGUUUGAUAUGUUAAAACUAAAAGGGGGAGAACUGUAGUAUCCACCCCUAGCUACA